ACGCGCUUGGACAGCUGAUGCGGUAUCCCCGUAUCCCUGCCCUGACCUGUCUCUAUUGUAUGUCUAACUCCAUAAGCCAAUGCUUUGCCUUAUUAUCAUGGGCAGUUUUUGCACGUAUUUUUGGAUGGUAACAGAGGAGAAACCCGGACUCUCUGAAAACGCAUGAGAUAGACGUGAAAAGUCAUGGAUUUCCCAGGGCACUUUGAGCAGAUCUUCCAGCAGUUGAACUACCAACGACUGCAUGGACAGCUGUGCGACUGUGUGAUCAUGGUAGGCAGCCGUCAUUUCAAGGCCCACCGCGCCGUGCUUUCCGCCUGCAGUACGCAUUUCAGAGCCCUGUUUACUGCUGCCGAGGGAGACGCCAGCACGAGGAUGAUCCACCUAGACUCCGAGGUGGUGACAGCUGAAGCAUUUGCUGCUCUCAUGGACAUGAUGUACACAUCCACGCUGAUGCUAGGAGAGAGUAACGUUAUGGAUGUCUUGUUGGCUGCUUCUCAUCUGCAUCUAAACGCUGUGGUGAAAGCCUGUAAACACUACCUUACGACUCGCACACUGCCCAUGUCUCCUCCGGCAGACCGUGGUGGGCAGCAUCACGCUGAGCAGCAACAAGCAGCAGCGGCUGCAAACUCUCAGCUCCAGCGCUCAUUUCUGCUGCAACAGCUCGGUUUGAGCUUGGUCAGUUCUGCCCUGAGUGGGGCUGAAGAUGGGGGAAUGGGGACCGGGAGGAGAACGGGAUCAGGGUUGGCGGAUCAGCAUGGUUCUCACCAGACACGGCGUUUCCUGAAGCGCAAACAGCCCAUGGCCCUGACCGCUCCUGAGCGGGGGAGGCCGCGCAUCUCCUCACAGGUGGGGGUGUCGGAGGGUGGAGAGGAGCUUCUGUCUCCAGAUUCCCACAGCAAGAUGGUGGAUGAGGUCGUCGCUGGGAUCAUUCCUGGGGAUGGUGGAGGUUUACUAGAGCAAGAUGAGUACAGAAGGGGACUGAACCAUGAAGACAUGCAACUUCCUAGCCAGUCAGAUGGAGGCAGGGGAGCAGGACCAGAAAAAACUUUGCUGCUGCCGCGUAAGGAGGAGUACCCUGAUCCGAGCCAUCACCAUAGCGAGGGGAUAAAGAAUGGAGGUGAGGAAGAAGAGGAACAGCAGCACAUGCAAGUCGUGGUGAAGAGUGAGCCACUGAGUUCUCCCGAGGCUGUUGAUGAGACUAGCGACGUUACCUCUCAGGCUGAAGGGAGUGACCAGGUGGAACCAGUUGGAGAAAAGCUGGAGCUGAGUCCGGAGGGCAGUGAGCGGAGCUUCUCUGAUCCCCAUCCCAGCUCAGAGAUACUGAUUAAAGGAAACAAAGGAGUAGGAGAAGACCGAGGAAGAAGAGAGGAGCUCACCUGCAGUGAAGCUCUGGAGUCGUCCUCCGGAUUGCAUAUCUCCAGUUUCCUCAGCACAAAGACCUUUACUGGCAGAGGGGCGUCAUCUAACCUUACCAAUAGUGUUGACAAUGUUCCCAACACUACAACUGGAGAGUUUCAAGCAGACCACGAUUCUGCUCGCUACUUCCUCCCUACUGAUUCCCUCAACACUGCAUCAUCCUCUCUGCAUCUUCUUCCAGGCGAGGCUCAAGUCUGCUCUGACUUGCAGCCAGAGUCCCUCUUUUUGCGGCCAAUGCAUGAUGGAAUAGCAUCAUCCACUUCAUUAACUGCGCCCCGUGGUGGAUCGGUGGACCAGCUUGCGCUCGAGUUCCAGCGCAACAUUUUGGGAUUACAGACCUUCCCUCGUUCAUCCAGGGGUGGCGGGUGCCACUCGUACCGGCGCAUCGCUCCCAAAGUACCGCCAGGAGGGGCUUUAACGCUUACGGAUGGUCCUCAGCAACUUGACGUUGCUUCCUCGUCCUCUUCCUCCUCAAUGCUUCUCAAUGGAGUAAAUUUUGAGGGAUCUGUCAAUGUGGGUCAAAAUGGUGGCAGCUCCAACUUGAACCCUCUACCCCAGUUGACAAGAGCCUCUGCAGAUGUUCUGUCAAAGUGUAAAAAGGCGCUUUCCGAGCACAACGUGCUAGUGGUGGAAGGCGCCAGGAAGUAUGCCUGCAAGAUCUGCUGUAAGACGUUCCUCACUCUGACGGACUGCAAAAAACACAUCAGAGUUCAUACGGGAGAGCGCCCGUAUGCCUGUCUGAAAUGCGGCAAACGCUUCAGUCAGUCCAGUCACUUGUACAAGCACUCGAAAACAACCUGCUUACGAUGGCAGAGCAGUGAAAUGUCUAACGCCCUGCUCUAAUUCAUCACAUUUGCACGCACUCCAAAGACGCCAUACAAGCAUGACCGGCCACCAGUCAGUUUCUCUACUGUAUGGGCACCAUAAUCUUACAUCCACCAUUAUAGUGCGCUUUAGUCACUUAAAAAAAACUAUGUUGUAUGUAUGUUCUUAACAUGCUUCCAAAUAACAUGCCAUUGAUGGUACAAAUUAAAUGGAUGGCUCACACAAAAAUGUUGUUUCUAACCUGACUUUCUUCUGCAGUGUGGUUCGGCAGAAGAAAGCAAGUCGUACAGGUUUGGAACAACAUGCUAAAUGUUUUGUGUGUACUAUCCCUUUAGGUUUCACUGUGAAAUGUUUUUAAAAGAAUUGUGAUGGAGAGGUCUGCUUCAAGCAUUGCAAGCUGUUGUCAGACUGAACCUUAGUAGCUGAAUCGUGGAUCAUGAUGAUCAGAAGCGUUUUGAGUUUCAGUCCCUCUAUGAAAGUUUGUGUUGUUUUGUCAGCUGUCUUGUUGAGGUAUUUUUGCUUCAGUGUACCUUUAGGCCAGUGGUUCUCAACCAGAAAGCCGAGGGCCCACUAGGUGAACUUCGGGGGAACCCAAAGUCUUUAAAUUGUUUAAAUUGAGUUACGUUAACAUAAUAUUUACUGUUAAAGAUACUUAAACAUUAACCUUCAUCAUAUUUUUGACUUUAUUUUAUUACUUUAGAAGUACAUAUCAGCUUUAAUUGGUGGCCCUGUUGAAAAUUGGUAAAAAAGAGAACUGCUGAAGCUCUGUUCCAAAACCAAGUGAGUUGCCUGGCUGUCCACUGCCUUUUAAGGUAGUAUCAUAACUGAAAUGGAAGCUCACAUUGGAACAUAGGCAGUUGCGUUGUGCACCACACAUAAUGCUUAACACUACAGAGCUCUUAAGGUAGAGAUGAGCAGCUCCGGUCCUGGAGGGCCACUGCCUUGCAGAGUUCAGGUCCAUCUCUAAUCAAACAAACCUGCCUGCCAUUUUCUAGUAAUCCUGAAGAUUUUGGUUUGUUUUUAAGGUAUGUUUGAUUGGGAUGAAGGAGCUAAACUCUACAGGGAACUGGCUUCUCGGGUCUGCAGUUGCCCAUGACAUGGUGGUGAUGGGAAAUUUUUGAGAUGGGAGGGCAAAAUAUUUCAUUGCCCUCAUUCAACAUUUUUCAUUCCCUUGCAAACUUACAUUUCAAUACUUUUGUGUCCACUAAGGCAAAGUUUCUUGGCCAAACAGAAACCUUUUGCAAGAAAAGGCAAAGUUUUAGAACUUAAGACUUUUGCAUGGGCUAACGCAAAAUCACUGAAAUAUAAUUCCUUCUGCCAUUUCAAUUUUCCAUUAGGGUCUCUGUAUAGCUUACAGUUGAUUCCAAUGGAGUUUGACGUAAAGUCCUUUUUAAGUAAAGUCAUUUCACUCUGCGGUUGUAUUUGGCAGCUAUUUCUGGUGUCCAAGACCAAGUUCUGUCUACUUACAUGGAGACCAAGUUCUGUGUACUCAAAACUGCUUGACCCUCUCACAAUUCAAAUCGCUUAUGAGCUGUUCUAAUGUUUUAUCUUAUGCUUAAAUAGUUCUAAAGUUUUUUUUUUUUUUUUUUUUUAAAGUUCAGGUUGGUCCAAUCACUGCACAUGUGCUGUCAUAAGCCUGUCUCAUGACACUGACUGGACUAAGUCAACUGGAGCUUCUAACAGCAUUUGCAGUGAUGCGAUGGCUUUACCAAAUGCUGAUUGGCUGGGACUUCCGUCAUAAUUUGCGUUGCACUUUCUCCCAUUCAUACUAUAGUGCAUCAUCUUGGUUUGAUGUUUAAAUGUUGCUAAAUAGUAUUUUUUCAAUAUUUUAUUCAGUUAGUUAGUUAUGCCCUCCACCCCUCCCGGGAUAUGGGCCGCCGAAAAUAGACUUCCAGAGAUUUCUGUCCUAGGCCAUUUUUUUUAGUUGACUCCAGUUGAAGCCCCUCCUUGUGACAUCUGCGUCGAGUUUGCGUCGCCAUGUGUUUUUUGGGCAGCCUCGCUUCCGCUUGCCUUGAGGGUUCCACCUGAGAGCCUGCCUGGUGAUGUUUGUUGGCAGUUUGCGAAGGGUGAGCUUGUUGCAAUGCAUUACGGUAUUGCCUUGAUUGCACGGGAUACAUGCGAUUCAGCUUUAGAAUUUGGUCAAAACCAUCAGCCUUCACACUGAGAAACUGCCUAUAAAGCCUUACAAUGCUGUCUAGGUUGUAAGCUUGCUAGAUUUUGGAACACAGCUUAUAUGUAGCAAAUGGAUUAUGAGAUGAGGAUCCUACCAGAAAACACUAAUGGUACACUUUUGCUGUUAAAAGGUCAAAUAAAAUGCCUUCUAUUAUAAGGCAACAACAAGUAAGAAUGACCAUAGGGGGAAAUUUGGAUGUUCUUAUAUUGAUAACGGCUGUGCAUUGUAUAGAUGGACUUUCAGACUGUUUUGCUUCUGGUAAAGCCAACACUGAUGCCUCUGUGGCUGAAACUGCUAUUAGAGAAUAGUACAGACUGCAAUGUUUAUGGGUACACACUCUUUCCAUGUACACCAUGCACAUCCUUGGUGAUUCAAUUCAUAUUGAAGAAUUUGAGCAAAAUCAAGUGGUAGUUAUUAGUCGGGGUGCCACUUUAGAAAAGGGUAUUAUUAAUUCAUGUGCCUCUUUUGACCUUCCAGUGCAGAAGAGAGAAUGUUCGUGAAAGAAAAGAACUUUUAUGUAAAAUUGCACCUUCAGUCUUUAAGGCUUUAAUGUUUUAUGGUUUGUGGAGUAAGUAAUCAUAUAGAAUUUAAAAAAUGAUGCUGUAAAUGAAAAUAGAUGUUCAGUCAUUGUAUUAGUGGUUGUUUAUGGAUUCCCGUUAGUUAAUAUUAUAUGAUGGUCAUGUCUUAGUAUUUUGUGUGAAGUGUUGUCUUCUGUCAUGUGUUUGAUACUGUACUGAGAGUCCUUAAAUACUCAAACUAAGUAUAAUCGUUGAAAAGCUGCUUUUAUAAAACAUUCCAACCUGUAAAUAAGUUAUCUUACUGUAGAUUUUUAGCAUUUUAUUUAUGCCCUGUAAUUGACUAAAGUGAUGCCUUUGCUUUCAUGGUAAAUAUUGCACCUAUAUGAAAUCUUGUUUGAUUGGAUGAACUCAAAAGUUCUAAAUAUGGAAAAUCUUAACCCGGGCCUUUGUCGAAGACUGCACAUUAAUCUAAAACAAAAUGGAGACUUUAAGUCUAUAAAUUAUUGUAAUUAUUUGUUUGGGGGUUUUUUUACAUGAAGGUUAAAACGUGUGUUUAUGAAAUAGUUCUGUUACAAAACAAAAUGUACUUGGGAUAUCAGAAAUUCAAAGCCUGUUUAAAGUAAACUCGAUUUACAUAUUAAUCGUCACAAAGCCAAUGACCUUAUGGAUCUACAUAUCGUGUUAACUGUUACAGAAGUCAUAUUAAUUGAAUCACAAUGGAAGUAAAACAACUGCCUUGGGAUUUCCUUUUUUCUAGAGAUGCCAAAAGUAAAGGAUUUUAUGUGAGUUUGUGUAAUUGCUAUUAAUCACACGUUGUUAGAGCACUCGUUUUUUUCUACUGUUUAAAAAAGAAAGAAUUAAAUAAAUAAAAUCAAGAAGAAUGCUA